AUGUCCAUUUAUCAGAUACAGCGAACGAUGUCAAACGAUACUUUGGUGGGAAUAUAUGGUAACAGCACCUUGAAUGGUAGUAAAGGUGAGCUGAAUACGCCGACCAACGGAGAUGCUACAUUCAAUUUUCAAAUAAUACAGAAGCCCUCGGCUGGGAAGUCUAUUGCGAAUGAUCUCACCGGCAAUACUUUGGCGGGGGCAAGAUCCGAAAACGCGCAAUUUCAAGACACGAGCCCGAUCGAAGAAAUGCUAAAUAUUGAGGACACAGUAGGAAAUGGCUUGCUACAUCGAACACCGCAGUCGCCCGGGCUGUCAGCGAAUAAUCAUAAGAGGUUAUCAAUCUCCGAGUACAAUAGCUCGAAGCCUGUGUACUACGAAUAUGAGUUUUUUGAGAAGGGCAUCCAUCGCCCUGAUGAAGAAGACGAUAUUAUGGUGACGGAUGACGAGGGUUUAGACAUGUUCUCGUUCCCUCUCGGAAAAGCGCGUAAAGAUUCUGUGUUCAGCGAUUAUGGUAAUGAAAUGGUUAUGAAUUUGUCUCCCGAGGCAAUGCUGGCGCAGAUACCAGCUCCCCGGCAGCAGCCUCAAGAUGACAAUGAUCUGUCGAAUCUAUCAGGAGGAGACAACCAGCAACGCAAAAAGGUCAAAGACUACUUCAAACUCAAUUUGUUUGGAGGUAGCAAGAAUGAAGAAGCCCUUAUAGAUCCAGAUCUUCUGGAAGAGCCCCAACCAUUCCUAAAAAAGAAGUACUUUUGGAGCCGAAAGCCUACAAUUCCUAUUUCUAGUAGUGGAUCUCUGUCCAUGGUGGAGCCUGUUGUCAAUCCUUCUGAGCUCCUCACCUCUAACAGUAUAGACACGCGUUACAUCUUGAGCAACAGCACAGCUCAUUUUAGCAGCCCAGAGAACUCACAAGCUCCUCCAGAGCUGGUACCAGAAGCUGGAGUUGUCAAGAAAAAGAGGCUUGGGUUCCCUAAGACACGUGGCAGAAAGCCCUCGCCCAUAUUAGAUGCGUCCAAGCAAUUUGCAUGCGACUUCUGCGACCGUAGGUUCAAGAGACAGGAGCACUUGAAGAGGCACGUCCGCUCUUUGCACAUGGGAGAGAAACCCUUCGAUUGUCAAAUCUGUGGAAAGAAAUUUAGCAGAAGUGAUAACCUCAACCAGCACGUCAAGACUCACAGCGAAGGCGGGCCGCUAUGA